AUGGUAAUUGGUGGAUUGAAGAGCUCUCGUGGCUGUCCGACGACACGACGACGACGACCAGCACAAGAUCAGCGCGGUCCUCAUCCUCUCAAAUACCAUCCAUAUCGUCGUGACACGUCAGCAGAAGCGUCAAACUGUGUGACACAACAACCAACGUCUUCCAACUUCAUUCAACGGGUGUUCCAAACCUCUUGUGCACUAAUUCUCAGGACAUUUGGCAUUCUUUUCGCACGAUAUCUAACAUUUCUAUUACCCUCUAGCAGUGUAAUGUCUCUCAACGGAUUCGGCGAGCACGCAAGAUCCGCCUCGCACGCCGGCUCGUGGUACAACGGCAACCAGCGGGAUCUCGAUCGUCAACUCACUAAAUGGCUUGACAACGCCGGCGAUCGAUUUGGCACCGCGAGAGCGCUAAUUUCACCACACGCCGGCUAUUCCUACUGUGGAGAGACAGCGGCGUACGCGUUCAAACAAGUUGUAUCAUCUGCUGUCGAACGCGUGUUUAUCCUCGGACCAUCUCAUAUUGUCGCAUUGAACGGUUGUGCAAUCACCACCUGCAGCAAAUACCGUACUCCUCUUGGUGACUUGAGCGUUGAUCAUAAAAUCAACGAAGAGCUUCGCGCCACCCGUCACUUCGACUUGAUGGAUCGCCGAGAUGAAGAAUCGGAACACAGUAUCGAAAUGCAACUUCCAUUUAUUGCUAAAGUUAUGGGCAAUCGACGUUAUACGAUCAUUCCGGUGCUGGUCGGAUCCUUGCCCGGGUCUAGACAACAAACAUAUGGAAACAUUUUCGCGCAUUAUAUGGAAGACCCAAGGAAUCUUUUUGUGAUUUCUUCAGACUUUUGUCAUUGGGGCGAUCGAUUCAGCUUUUCACCGUAUGAUAGAAACAGUAAUUUGCCGAUUUAUGAGCAGAUUACGAAUUUGGAUAAGCAGGGAAUGAGCGCGAUCGAAACCCUCAAUCCAACUGUUUUCAACGACUACCUCAAAAAGACGCAAAACACAAUCUGCGGACGGAAUCCGAUUCUCAUCAUGCUGCAGGCAGCAGAAGGCUUCCGUCUCAGUAACAAUCACACUCACGAGUUCAGGUUCCUGCACUACACACAGUCCAACAAAGUUCGCUCUCCAUCGGACUCGUCGGUAUCCUACGCUUCCGGAUGCUUGUUUGUACACCCUAAAUGA